AUGGGUCAAGCUUCUGAAUAUAAUUUCCUAAUCACAAAAGGUGGCCCAACUCAACUAAAAAUUACUGUUAAUAUAAGUUGGCAUAAACCCACAAAACACUGGUUUAAACUAAACAUUGAUGGUGCAUACAAAAUUGACGCACAAAAAUCUGGUGUUGGAGACGUAAUCAGAAAUCACACGGGUAAGUGGAUCCUUGGCAUCCAAAUGCAGCACAUAACUACUUCUCCUCUUCCCACGGAGCUACAAGCAAUUCACGAAAGGCUACAAAUUGCAAACAAAUACUACCUCUUUCCGUUGGAAGUGGAGACCGACUCAACUGAAGCAAUCAUGGCAAUACAACAAGAUCAUUUAGUCCUUUCUAAUCUUGUUGUUGCUUGCAGGUCAUUAAUGCACCACCGGAAGGAUCUCCUACUACGACAUAAAUUCCGGAAAGGCAAUCAAGUGGCGCACAUGCUUGCAAAGGACGCUGCAAAGGAAAACUACAAACAACUCUCCCUUCAGUAUUAA